AUGAAGCGAAUUCCCGAAAUUGUGGAAGAACGAGACAAGCUCCCCGGUGGUGCGCGGCGUCCGCCUGGUGAGGCAGUUGAGGUAGGAGGACAAUGUAAGCAGAGGAUCCUCGCCGCCGCAGGUGGGAGUGAGGAUGGUGGAAAUAUGCUUGCCAGUUUGCUGAGAUGCAGGCAAAUCCUCUGCCUCAAAUCCCAUGUUGACGCGGCUCUUGAGGCAGAUGUCACACGGGUCGAAGGGAUGCGUCUUGAACUUGGAGUCCGAGGCGUCAGUCAGGAAGGCCUGGAGGGGGGACUUGGGAGAUGA